CCAGUAGACAAUUGUAACCAUAAGCAAAGAACAUGCCUGGAAGGAACAUUGCAAGGACAGGAACAAUACUGAAAAUAUUUCCUGCUUUGCUUAAAACCACUAAUCCAGGAACAGAUGCUAUCCACACUGGAUCCUGGUAAUAUACUCGGACUUUCACUAAGUGGGAGAGACCAGAGAACAGAAAACGCCUUAACCUGCCUCCGGAUGAAUUUUCCCUGAAUGAAGUCAACCUUCGGAAUAACUCAUACUUCGGCGAUGUCAAUCAUAAGGAAUCUGGUGUUGAUGGUUCUGAUUCUUGCUGCAGUUGGGAUUUAUUUUGUUUUCGUGAUCCAUUUGCGCAACGUCAAUUUAACACUGUCAAGCACAUCUCACGGAAAGAGGUUGCCUAAAAGUCGUCGUGUCAUAGUGCUUAUUUCACAGCCUCGAUCUGGCUCCACUUUUCUCGGGAGAGUUAUCAACAUGUAUGAGGAAAUGUUGUACGUAUAUGAGCCUCUUCAAGCUGUCUUGAAACUGAAUGAAGUGACAAAUAAAUCAACUAAAGCAACCAGAAAGUACACAGAGGUAGCUACGUCGUUUUUAAAAGAACUUUUCGGCUGUAAAUUUUCAUCAACAAAAGAGGAUUGGUUGCGUAAAGUUUUCAGUUCACCAAUGAAUUUUGAAAGUUCUUUCUCCCAGCUCUGCCGAACAAUAACCGUUAAAAAUGCGCGAUUGUGCAGCGAACCAAAAACAACAAUCUUCCACAGCCUGUGUAGAAAGUGUAAAACGUUAUUUGUGAAGUUACUGGAACAUCGUCUCCCAACACCGACAGACCAGCUUUUCCAAAUAACUCCUGCAACAACAGAGAUGCAUGUGGUAUAUUUGACGAGAGACCCAAGAGCGUCCUUCUGGUCGUUAUUAAAUAAAGGUUGGGUGAGUGACAGGCUUGAGGGAUAUUUCGAGAACUAUAUAUCUGAGAGGUGCCGAGAAUCACUCCUAAACAUAAGGCGAAUUGCUGUAGGAAAAAGAAAAAUAAUCAUUUUGCGGUAUGAGGAUUUUCUGCAUUCUCCUUUAGCCAUGGUAAGGAAAUUAUCAAACUUUCUUGGAGAGCAAAUGAACUUGGAAUUUCAAGAAAAUUACUUGCAGUUAAUUCACAAAGAUGAACGGCGCUGCUCAAAAAACGGAACAUAUAUAAACCCGACUGUAACAAGACCCAACUGGCGCACUGAAGCAAAUUCAAAUUUUGUACGCAUUGUCGAAAAGCAUUGCAAAGAGGUUAUGGAUAUUCUUGGGUAUAGAAACGUGAAAAACACAGUGUAUAGCAAUUGUAAUAAUGAAUACCUCGUGGAGUUAGAGGAUGUUCCUUUGCUCGCACGAUUCAAUUACAAAGAAGAUAUCUAUUGAUUUGUUUGUUUUGAAUGUACUUUUUCAGAAAUUAUAAACCACUCGUAGUUGCAAAGUGAUGACGUCAUACUAAUAUGUUUAAUGAACUUUUUGAUUUUGGUCAAAUUAGUAGACAGGUUCGUCCCUAGCUAUUGUGGUCAGGGUAGGGGACGGGGAUGCUCCGACCCUAUUUCCUGACAAAAUUGGUGAACCAUAUUGCCAACAAUAUUGCGUAUGAAACAACCUGUACUGUAAAGGAACUUAUUGUUAACUCAAAAAUGCGCCUAUCCAUUAAUUUGGUAAACUCGUGUCACCAUUCAAUAAAAUUUGCAACAGGGCUUUAUUUAUCCAUAGGGUCGCAAUAGAGUGUACAUUCCAGCGAGGAGCUCAGUUCUUUGAACCCAGAAAAAGGGCAAAGCAGCAUAAAGUGCUCCGUAUCCUCAAUCUAGGGCACAUCUGGUUUGUUGUGUCUCUAAAGUUGUGUUGAAAUUUGUUAAAAUUUUGCUCGCUUUGGCUAACUCUGAGCUGAGGCCCUUCGGAUCAUGAAUCCCAAAUACAGAUUUUUUGGAAGGGCGUAUCAUGGUUAGUCGUUUUUCCUUAAAAAAAGCCACAACAAGAAGAAAGAAGGAAGAUUGAUAUUUUUUCUGUCCUAGCUCGUAUUUGACCGAUUGCAUCAAGUUUUCGAAUUGAAUAUUGGAACUGUUUAAGUUAUGAUAUUGGAUCUUUUCUGUAGUCCGGGGUAAAAUUAUUUACAAUUCUGUGAAAUAGGGUUAGGCAUCUACCACGUCUUUGGAGGCUUAGAGAUUCCCACCCGAGAUCAAGGUACAGCUUAUCUCGAGACGUUUCCCUCCAAGCUCCCGUUACAGUUAAGCUGAGAAGCAUAGAACAGCUUCUAGCUUCUCCAUUAAACUUGAAACAGUCAUACUAACAGUAGAGUCACAUAUUUUUGGUAGAUUAUGGUAAAUUACAUCUCUGUAACCUAAGAGGGAUCGAAUAUAGAGCUUGUUUUGUUCAUUUAAA